AUGCCCUUCAAGAACUUCAUUGGCAACCCAGGCCAUUCUUUACUCUGGAAGCGUGGUCCGGACACAGUAGUGGGGGUAUUCAUCAGAGAUGAAAAGCAUAACGACAAGCAGGAAUCAAUUGCCAACAUCCCACUUCAUGAGGCUUGCAGGAAGGGGGACCUGCACCAGGUUGGACACGUCCUGUCCUGGGGUUUGGUAGACAUCAACAUCAGAGAUAUGGAGCACGGAAAGACACCCCUCAUGGCGGCAGCACAUGAGGGGCAUUAUGAAAAGCAGAACGACUUUGAGACAUCUCCAGAACCUAAAGUUGACAAGCAGGAAACAUUUGCCAACAGCUCACUUCACGAGGCCUGCAGGAGGGGGGACCUGAACCGAGUUGAACGCAUGCUGUCCCAGGGUUUGGUAGACAUCAACAUCAGAGACAAGGAGAACGGAAAGACACCCCUCAUGGUGGCAGCAAAGGAGGGACAUUGUAGAAUAUUUGAUUUGCUUAUCAGAAAAGGGGCUAAUAUGUCAGAAGUUAAUAAUGACGGUAAGAACGCCCUGCAUUGGGCAUGCAAGGGCGGACAUGUGGGUAUGUUGAAGUGUGUACUCCAACAAUACAGAAAAAACGUCAACGAUAGGAAAAUACGUCUCCUAGCCCUUGCUGCAUAUAGUGGACAGAAGGAUCUAUGUGAGUUCCUUGUGUGUAUGGGAACUAAUGUGUCCGGUCAUUAUCAAGGCAGAAACGCCCUGGACUUUGCCUGCCGGGGCGGACACGUGGAUGUGGUGAAGUAUCUACUUUCACAAGGCUGUGUUGAUAUCAACAGCAGGAGAAAAGAUGGAAAGACACCCUUGAUGGGGACUGCAUCAGUGGGAAGAAGAGUGGCUUUUGACUUCCUUGUGAGAAGGGGAGCUAAUAUGUCACUCGUGGAUGACGAAGGAUACAACGUACUUCAUAUUGCCGCCAGUUUGGGUCAGACAGAAAUUAUUCAGAGUAUCAUAUCAAACGACAUCGUGGACAUUAACAGCAGAGGAAGAAAUGGGACGACGCCAUUGAUGAGAGCAGCAUGUACUGGACACAUGGACGUAUUUGGUCUGCUUGUGAGAAAUGGUGGUCUAGCUGACCUAGUUGAUGACAAUGGUGGCAACAUCCUUCAUCUGGCCUCAUCAGGUGGACAUGUGGAGAUGGUGAAGCACAUCCUGUCACGGAAGCUGGUCGACAUUAACGACAGGGACAAGGACGGGAAAACGGCAGCCAUGAUAGCAAAGCGUGAUAGAAAACGUAACGUGCUUGACUUUCUUGUUUCGCAGGGUUGUCCAGUGAAAUAA